AUGUGGCCUCGAAGCCAGUCGCAGCUCUUGAUAUCGCUCCUCGCGCCCGCUCUGUCUUCGGCCUUCUAUCUACCCGGUGUAGCUCCCACGUCCUACGAUGUCGGCCAGAAAGUCCCGCUCCAUGUGAACCACCUCACGCCCACGGAGGCCCAGGACGCCCAAGUCCACUCCGUCUUCUCCUUCGACUACUACCAUCCGGCAUUCCACUUCUGCCAGCCCAAGGACGGGCCCAAGGACGUCCGGGAGUCCCUCGGCAGCAUCAUAUUCGGCGACCGUAUCCUCACGUCCCCCUUUGAGCUACACAUGGCCAAAAACGAGACCUGCAAGCUGCUGUGUCCGGAGGUCAAGUUCGACGGCCUCAGCAGCCAAUUCGUCAACCACCGGAUAUGGCAGGGCUACAAUAUCAACUGGCUCAUAGACGGCCUCCCUGCGGCCCAGAUAAACACCGAUCCGCAGACCAACGAGGAGUACUACAGCCCCGGGUUCCUGUUGGGCGAUGUCAACAAGGACGGGCAAUCGUUCCUUCACAACCAUUUCGAUAUCAACAUUGACUAUCACCGUGUGACCGGGCUCGGAAGCAAAAACCAGUUCCGCGUUGUCGGUGUCCUCGUCAACCCGUCCUCCCGCAAGGCAAAGAUAUCCGGAGAUAAGGCUGAGUGUACGGCGAAUGAUCCUAUAGUCAUGCUGGACGACAAUGCCGAAACAACCGUGCCCUGGACUUAUAGCGUUACGUGGCGUGAAUCUCCCACGGCAUGGGCGACUCGGUGGGAUAAAUAUCUUCAUGUUUACGAUCCGAGCGUACACUGGUACUGGCUCAUCUACUCGGCCGUCUUCGUCGUCUUGCUCGUCACUUUGGUGAGCAGCAUCCUCCUUAGGGCUCUGCGAAAGGAUAUUGCAAGGUACAACCGUCUGAGCAUGAUCAACAUGGAUGAUUUCAACGACACGGGUGACUCCGUUGAGGAUGGUAUCCAAGAGGAUUCUGGAUGGAAGCUGGUUCAUGGAGACGUCUUCCGUACCCCUAACCACCCCCUUUUGCUCAGCUUGUUGGUCGGAAACGGUGCCCAGCUUUUCGUCAUGACCGGUAUCACUGUUGUCUUCGCGCUCUUUGGGCUCCUCUCGCCCUCCAACAGAGGCUUCCUGGGAACCGUCAUCCUGAUACUAUACACUCUGCUCGGAUUUAUUGGUGGCUAUGUCGCCGCAAGAACAUACAAGUCGUUUGGCGGCGAAUCCUGGAAACGACUCAUCAUCCUCACCCCAGUACUGGUCCCGGCCAUUGCCUUCUCGACUUUCUUCCUCCUCAACCUGUUCGUCUGGGCAAAGGGCUCCAGCGGCGCUGUUCCGUUUACCACCAUGCUUCUCACCGUUAUCAUCUGGUUUGUCAUUAGCGUGCCGCUUAGUGUUGCCGGAAGCUGGGUUGGACUCAGACUCCCGGGCUUUGAAGGACCUACCAGGACGAACCAAAUCCCCCGUCAGAUCCCCCCAACGGUGUGGUCUCUCCGCCCUCUGCCAUCAACUUUUAUAACCGGCAUGCUUCCAUUUGCCACCAUCUUUGUGGAACUAUACUUCAUCAUGACUUCUCUCUGGACGAACAAAAUCUACUAUAUGUUUGGAUUCCUCUUCCUCUGCUACGGCCUUAUGAUCAUGACGUCUGCAACUACGACCAUUCUCCUUGUAUACUUCUUGCUUUGUGCAGAAGACUACCGAUGGCACUGGCGCGCAUUUAUUGGAGCCGGUAUGACCGGCGGAUACGUUUUCAUAAACGCGCUCAUCUUUUGGGCUACCCGUGUUAGCUUCGGCGGCGUGACGGGCGCUGUUCUAUACCUGGGCUAUUCUGCGCUAUUGGCUUUCCUCGUCUUUGUAUUAACCGGAACCAUUGGCCUGUUUGCCAGUUGGGCUUUCGUCCAUAGAAUCUAUGGCUCGAUCAAGGUUGAUUAA